UCACACCUUUAUGUGUUUGUUCCUUGUAAUAUUCUUUCAAUGAAUUUCUAAAUGAAAUGUACAUAACUGAGGAAAUGUUUAAUAUUUUAGGCCUUUAUAAACACUCACACUCUUGCUUCUCUCUAUCUCAUACACACACGUGCACACUCUCUCAUACGCUCAUGUUCUGUCAAGCUUUCUAUCUACGUUUGUUAUGUUUUCUUAUCUUUCAUGCGACACUUCUUAUGUCUGUACCUUAUGGCUCUGUCGGUGCAUUGAGGAUUGAUAGAAAGGUCCAUAUAGUGUACAUGGGAGAUCUGACAGUUAACCAUCGCAUACAUCACAGAGUCUUGCUUGAUCAAGAACUUGGCAGCGGUGCAUCAGAGCUCUUGGUUAGAAGUUACACAAAGAGCUUCAAUGGCUUUGCCGCAAAUCUUUCUGAUGAAGAAGCUAAGAAGAUUGCCAACAGGGAUGAGGUUGUAUCAGUGUUCCCCAGCAAGCAGAGAGAGCUCCACACUACAAGAUCAUGGAGCUUCAUAGGCUUCCCUAUAAAUGCAUCCAAGCUAGCAUUUGAGAGCCAUGUCAUCAUAGGCAUGCUCGACACAGGGAUCUGGCCUGAAUCCGAUAGUUUCAGCGAUGAAGGCUUUGAUCCACCUCCUAGCAAAUGGAAGGGAACCUGUCAUUCCUCAAAUUUCACCUGCAACAGAAAAAUCAUCGGAGCAAAAUACUAUUUAUCCGAAAGAAAUGUAAGCAAAGGAGAAAUAGCAUCACCUCGAGAUUCUAAUGGCCAUGGAUCACACACUUCAUCAAUUGCUGCGGGACGACAAGUUAGAGGAGCAAGCUUGUAUGGUCUUGCUAAAGGAAUCGCUCGAGGAGGAGUUCCUUCAGCAAGAAUAGCUGUUUACAAGAUUUGCUGGUCAGAUGGAUGCUCUGAUGCAGAUAUCCUAGCUGCAUUUGAUGACGCAAUCCAUGAUGGUGUGGAUAUAAUCUCUAUCUCUGCCGGGGGACCUUUUAGAUCUGACUACUUUGAUGACUCUAUCGCUAUUGGUUCUUUCCAUGCUAUGAAGAAUGGAAUUCUGACUUCGAAUUCUGGUGGAAAUACGGGACCAAGUUCAUCGACUGUUCAGAAUUAUUCGCCAUGGUCGCUUACAGUGGCUGCUAGCACCAUUGACAGGCAAUUUGUUGCAGAAGUGAAGCUCAGGAAUGGAAAUUCUUACAAUGGGACAACAGUAAACACUUUUGACUUGAAGGAUACAAUGCAUCCUCUAGUCUAUGCAGGAGAUGCACCGAAUACUUCUGCAGGAUAUGAUGGAUCCUCCUCCAGACAUUGUUACUAUGGAUCCUUGGAUGAGAAAAUCGUGAAGGGGAAGAUUGUGCUUUGCGAUUCAAGGACUGAAGGCGGGGGUCUGAUUCUUGCCGGUGCUAUUGGUGCAGUCAUGCAAGCAGAUUCAUAUACAGAUUAUGCUCUCUCAUACCCGUUGCCUGCCACAGUAAUAGGACCUCUUGAUCGUGGAAACAUCUUGCAAUACAUUAACAUGACAAGCGUUCCAGGAGCUAAUAUUUUGAAAAGCCAAGGACUCGAUGAUACAAGAGCUCCGUUCAUCGUCUCAUUCUCUUCUCGAGGGCCUAAUCCUAUUACAGCUGACAUUCUCAAACCUGAUUUGUGUGCACCCGGGGUUGACAUUCUGGCUGCAUGGUCGCCAAUAGGAUCGAUGUCGGUGUAUCCUGAUGACAAGCGAUCUGUAUCCUACAACUUGCUUUCAGGUACUUCCAUGGCUUGCCCUCAUGCAACAGGCGCGGCUGCCUACGUCAAAUCAUUCCAUCCAACAUGGUCUCCUGCAGCCAUCAAGUCCGCUCUCAUGACAAGUGCUUAUCCGAUGGAAGCAACCAAAAACCCUGAAGCACAACUCGCAUAUGGUGCUGGCCAAGUAAACCCGAUAGCAGCCAUAAACCCUGGAUUGGUUUAUGACACAAGCGAAGCGGAUUAUGUUAGAUUUUUAUGUGGGCAAGGAUACAGCUCGAAGGAUCUUCGGCUUGUCACUGGAGACAACGGCACCUGUUCUGUCACUAAUAACGGGACCGUCUGGGAUCUGAACUAUCCCUCUUUCGCUCUCUCCGUCAAGAGUGGGAAAGCUUUCUCUGCUAUCUUCAAGAGAACUGUCACUAAUGUUGGACACAAAUCUUCUACAUAUACCGCUGUGGUGAGUACUCAGUCGGGUAUAAAGAUAACUGUUGAGCCCAGUAUACUUCAUUUUAAGUUCUCGACGGAGAAAAAAUCUUUUGAGGUGAGAAUCCAAGGAGCGAUUGCAAAGUUUCUGAGCUCAGGUUCAAUAGCGUGGUCUGAUGGUGAAAAUUAUGUUCGCAGUCCAGUUGUUGUGUAUACUUCCUCCUGAUGAUGAAUCUAUAUUUGUGUGUCAGUGAUUUAAU